AUGGAUGUAAGACUUCUAAAAUACGAUAUUUUUGCAUCUCCACUCGCUCAUAAGCCUUCAAAAGGGUACAUUCCUAAAUUGGCUGAUCGGAGUUUGACUUCAUUGUUAAAAUAUAAAAAUGAAACGAUAAAGCAACCCAUCCAUUCAAAGAUAUUUAAACCAUAUGGAGAAGAAUCGGAAAUAAAGACCUAACAAAAUAUGUAUUCUACUGCUAAGCUGAGUUAUUCGAGUUCUGUUAAAAAUAUCAACAAGUUUCCAGAAGUUCAAUUGGAUCCAAAAGCAGUAAAAUUGUUAGGACAGGGAAGACAUUUCUUGAGAAGUGAUUAUCAAACAAAAAGGAAAUUUUAGGAGAGCAAAAAGAAUCAACAUAUAAGAAAUCAUUCCUCUGAUUACUUGAUGUAAAAUAUAUAACUGAAGUUUUGCGAGAAAUCUGUAAAAAAAUAAUACAAGGCCAAUCUCAUUUUUUUCAAGAAAACACGAAACAUUCCAGCCUAAAUAUAAAUAUUACGGAAGGAGGAGGAGAAGAAGUCAAUGCCUGAAACAAAGAAUGAUUUUUUUGAUUCUCAAUAAAGAAAGAUAAUGAUGCCUGCCUCGAAAUAAUAAUAGCAUACUGAUCAUUCUAUGUUUUCUAGCACUUUUAGAGAUAACUUUCUAAAAAGCCAAAGAAGCAACAUUCAUCCCAAACCAACUAGUUAAGAGAAAUCUACAAGACAGGGACAUAAAAAGACACAGUCUGUCUAGUAUAUCUUAUUUAAUAAAUAACAUUAGAACUUAGAGUCAUUUAGAAGAAGCUAACAAGGAAGUGCCACUUUUUGGCAAUAAUUAUCAACCUAAUAAUUGA